CUGUUGAUUCCAAAUGAAUUCACUUUCCGCGAUUCAAAAUCCAUUUUUCACUUCACCCAAAUAAUUUCCCUUCAGAAAAGUUUCCAUCUUCGGCUUCAAUUUCAAUUAACCAUUUCUCUCAAAAACCAUAAAUUCUCACAAACCCCAAUUUCAUCUUUCGACAAGCACAAAAAUUUGCCAGAAAAAAAAAAAGAAAAGAAUUUUCUCUGAUGCAAAAUACAAACGCUUCGCCGUCCUCUCCGGCCGCCGUGGAUACGGCCCCGUUCCUCCUCCGAAGCCGCCGCUUCCUCCGGCGCACACCACCUCCACUUCGUACGGCGGCUCGUCUCUUCCGUCAGGCCUCAGGGCGGAGAAUGAUGCUUCGGGAACCAUCCGUUCGGGUCCGGGAGGCGGCGGCGGCGGAGCUUGAGGGGCGGCAGAGCGACUGGGCCUACUCGAAACCGGUGGUGGUGGUGGACGUGCUUUGGAACCUGGCGGUUGCUCUUGUUGGCGCGGCGGUGCUGUGCGUCAGCACGAAAGAGGAGCCAUGUGUUCCCUUGAGGGUGUGGAUCGUAGGGUACUUGUUGCAAGGUUUGCUUCAUUCGCUGUGUGUUGUUGUGGAGUUCAAUAAAAGAAGGAGAGUGCGGAGGAGCCAAGACGGUUCUACUUCUUCUAAUGGUGGUGCUGAUAGGGAAUGGAGUUUCAGCUCUGAGAGCGAUGAUUUGGAUUAUGAUAAUGUUGAGCGCUUUCUUCACACUGAUGAUAACAGUAUCACGAAGCAUGUUGAGUCAGCAAAUACCAUGCUUUCAUUCAUAUGGUGGGUCAUUGGGUUCUAUUGGGUAACCGCCGGUGGCCAGAAUUUGACGAGGGAUUCACCUCAGCUUUAUUGGAUCUGCAUUACAUUCCUUGCUUUUGACGUGGUGAUUGUGCUGCUUUGUGUUGCUGUUGCAUGUCUGAUUGGUAUUGCUGUUUGCUGUUGCCUGCCAUGCAUACUUGCUAUCUUGUAUGUCGUAGCAGAUCAGGAAGGGGCAACCAAGGAAGAAAUUGAGCAGUUGCCAAAAUACAAGUUCAGAGUGAUAAAGGAAUCUAAGAAAGAGGAUGAUAUUCCAGAAUCUUCCAAAGGAAUAAUGAUGCAAUGCGACAGCGAAGCAACUGCCGAACAUGCUAUUGCCUUAGAAGAUGCAGAAUGCUGCAUCUGCCUUUCUGCCUAUGAUGAUGGUGCUGAACUCAGAGAACUUCCAUGCAACCACCAUUUCCAUUGCACGUGCAUCGACAAAUGGCUGCUUCUAAAUGCCACCUGUCCUCUCUGCAAGUUAAACAUUUUAAGGACUAGUAAUCACCACCAAGAAGUUUGAACCAAGCCCUUCAAUGAAAUUCAUUAGGAGAAAACCGAUCUGUUACAUCCAUCUCAGUGAUGUAUAUUUCAGAGCUAACCAUAUUCCGAAACACUUUGUUUGAGUUUGUAUAAAGAAGUUGAAUUCUCCUUAUUUAUCUCAUAAUAUAUAUGGCCAUGAAGCUUGAAUUGAAAUAUUCAAAAAUCCGUGUAUAAAUGUUGUUGGUCUCCUGUAAUUUCACAUUUGAUAAAUAUAAUAAUAUAUAUGCCA